AGCCACCAGAAAAAUAUCCAUAUCAAAGUAGAGGAGCAGAAAAGGUGGAAUUAACAAAUGGAUCAAAUAUUUGGAUAGAUGAGGAAAAACUUGAAAGAUUCACAACUGUAUAUAAAAACAAUCCAUUAGAGUUAAUAAAAUCUUUGUUGAAAAAUUUAUUUGGUUUAGAGAAUUUACCGCAUUUUACAUGGCGUAAUACGAGUAGAAAUUAUAAGCUGAUACCCGACGAUGUUAAAAUUGCUAUCAUGGCAUAUGUGAAUAAAAAUGUGGAACCAAGUGACGAAAAGGAUAUAAAAGAAAUCGUUCCAAAAUUAAUAAGAUUCAUGGAAAAUUUCCAUCGUGCAUCUGAACCAGGUAUUAUUCGAGGGACGAAAAGAAAAUUUGACAUAGAAAGCUACUUAUAUGAGAAACCAGAAAAAUUCCCUUAUCAAGAAGGAGGAAAUGGGAAGAUUGAAUUAGUGCCUGAAUCAAAUAUUUGGAUAAAAGAAGAGGAAUUUCAAAAGUUGAAUGAAAGUUCUCCUAUUACUUUAGAGACUUUGAUUCAAGACUUAUUGAAAAAUUUACUUGGUGAAGAGAAUACAAAAUUCUUUUCUGAAAUGGGUUCAGAUCAAUUUGAAGAAGUACCAAAAGAUCUCAACAAUGCUAUCUGCAAAUUUGUAAAUCAUAAACUACAAGUGGCGAAACGUAUUACAGCAAGUAAAUGCUUAGAUAAAAUUGGAACACAAUUAAUAAAACUGAGAAAAAAAUUAAAAAGCAGAAAACAAUAAAGGGGAUGUGAACUAAAUCAACUUCCGUUUAUAAUUGUAUUCAUUGUGAAGAAUUUGAAUUCAAAUAAAAAACAAUUAUUAUCAAAAUUAAAACAAAUAUUAUUUAAGAUAGUGCCUCUUUCUCUUAAAAAUAAAUGAACUGCUUACGGUCGAACUUUUUAACAAGUUGUAUGAGUCAAUGUGUCGAUGCAGAUUAGAUUGAACACCCCUCAGCCUUGGAGUAACCAGAUAAUUUAUUUGAUGUUGAUGAUUUUAGAUAAGAAUUGUAGACCCUAGGUUGUACGCAGUGAGAAAAUUUCAGCAACAAGGCGGUUAUAUAUAUAUACAUAGUUCAUUUUAUUAUUAAAUAUAGAUUAGAUUUAUUAAUACUAUUGACCUCAACUGGCCCAUACAACGGAGUAAUCUUGGCUUACAUAAAUUUUAAAUAUAAUAAGGAAUUUCAUUUAAAACAAGUUUAAUAAAAGACAAAUAUGA